AUGGUGAGCACGGAGCUUCAGUGCAUCAUAGAGGGUAUUUCAAGGGACGACAUCGCCCUGCGCCUCAUCCGGUCGGUGGAGGAGGUUCAGGCGCUUUGCCAGUCCUUGCUGGAGGACCUCGCCGCUGCCGAGCAGCCCGAGGGCAUGGCUGAUGCGAGCCUCGGCCAACUCAUGUUGGCGACGCCCCCGGAUUUGAUGGAAAUGGAGGAUUGGGAUUUUUCGUUUCUUGAUACACAGUUCAACGGCUUGGGAAGCAUGGAGCCCAUGAGCUGGAUGUUUGGCGAUAGCGCGCCGCAGUGGCAAUAG